AUGACAACCUACAUUCCCCAGCUUACGCUGCCUUACUCGGUAUUCACCAGCCCGGCUGCUUCUAUUUUGCUGCCGGUUGGGCUGGGAAGCCUCGUCGGUUGGAGCACUGCGCCCAAGAAGACAAAGGCAAAAUAUGCCUCGCUGAAGCAGCCGCCCUAUUCUCCGCCCGCCUGGGUGUUUGGUCCUGCUUGGACAGUCCUGUACGGCCUGAUGGGCUAUGCCGCCUACCGUGCCGUUGAUACUGGAAUGUCGCCGCUGAGCUCGGUCAUCCACCAGCGCAUGACCAAGCACGGCGCGACUCUUUACUCUAUCCAGCUCGGUCUCAACCUUGCCUGGAUGCCGCUCUUCUUCGGCCUCAAGCGUCCGGUUGAGGCCAGUGUCGACAUCCUGGCUCUCGUCGGGAUCAACUCGUACCUUACAUAUCUGUGGGGCUCUGUCGACCGCGUUGCAGGUCUCUGUCUGGCUCCCUACGUGGCCUGGCUCAGCUAUGCAUCUUACCUUUGCAUUGGUACCGGAUAUCUCAACGGCUGGGACAUCAAGGAUAAGGAAGUACCCAAGCAAGAAUAA